CAACUGUAUGUCGUGGUGUUUCGUACGUGGGUGCUGCAGUCGCGGUAGCGGCAGCUGGCCACUUGCUGCUCCACGCUCAACUGCUUCCAUCAGCGGCAGCCCCGGAACUGUAUUUUCCUUCUUCCAGGUAGCAGUAACUGCCCUUGCCAGAACAGAACCCUCAACAGUCGCAACAGCGAUUGCACGCAACUCAUGUUGUUUUUCAGGCAAUGUCCAUCUUGCGGAGGCCCAAGAAACGGUCAGACUCGAUUGGUCCCUUGUUGGUAAUUUGUUCCAGGCUCAUUCAGUCGUUUGCUCGCAAGCCACGUUUGCCGUGAUUCGUACUCGUAGCUUUUGUGACGCCGACUAGGAUGCUAGCAGCUGAAAAGAGUAUUAGCUAUAUCUGUAAUAGUUUUAGCGGCUCGUGAUUCGACGCGACUGGUAGCUAUUGAUGAUCUGUCGUCUCGCAUCACCUUCAACGACAAUAUCGACAUCAACGCCGUCGUCAACUGGAUAUCGCUGCUCCUGCAAUUGCCGCUGUUGCCGCUCCCGGCUCGACUUAAAUCGACUCCUGCGAGAGAAAAAAAAAGAGAGAGAGAGAGAGAGAGAGAGAGGUCAGCGUGUUUUCCUUCUUCUUCUUCUUCUUCUUACUUGACGCGGCCUCACGGCGACCAACAAUCAGUCACUUCGCCGUCGAUCUAAGCAAUCAACAACGACGGUCAAUCGUCCUCAGUCGCUUCCUAUGGCAAGAAAGGAAUAAUUCUCUGACAGUAUUUAUUAUACAUAACGGCAACGGCGACGGUUCCUGUUAGAGAUCUCACAGGAUCAUCUACAGUACACGGAAUAGGUGUACGACGGUAAUGGACGAAUAAGAGAGCAACGAGAACACUCGCUCUAGUGUUUACAGACAGCUUUCCGUCCGGUCUGUCUACAUGGUAUCUUCCUUCUAGGAGUCAGCUUCUAUCGAGUCACUUAUCCGUCUAUCCAGCUUCAGAUGAUCAGAGUCCAAAGCUAAUAGCGAAAAGGUGCCAGGCAGACCAAUGUUCUACUUUGGAUUACACGCACGCAAUAUAACGAUGGCUAACGGUGACAAAUGAUAACAUCAAGGGCAGUGUUCGUGCAUGUGCGUGCGUGCGUGUGUGGGUAAAUUCACAUUAAUGGCAACAGCGAGUACCAUGUUUUUGGCUCCGGAUACAGACUUAAAGCGAUGAAGAUGAGUUUUUAGUGUGCGCGAUAAAGUUGGCACUUGCUGAUGUUGAUGACCCAUAUAUCUCCGUGUGUUAGUAUAGCUUGUCGCCUGUGGUGAUGUUGAAUACGAAUAAACAGGCCAAGGGUUUGAGGAAAAAAACUUAUACUUGGGUCACUCAUACCUUUAGUACUGGACAUUAACAUUUGUGGUGACUUACUAAUUUGCUUAAGUAUUUGCGUAAGUAAGCCGUAGCAACAUAACGAAGAGACAAUGGAAACUCAGGGAUCAGACGGAUUGGCAACACGGGUUUUGACAGCUGGUUCACCUUUACCAAAUAUGUACGCGUCAUUUGACCACCGGCAAAUGGCCGUUCAAGCAGCACCAUAUGUCCUCGUACAAACGCCAGCUGGUUUAAUGCCUAGUAUGGCGGUUGGAGGUGCUCCAGAACCUCCGCUGGCAGGUUUAUCAUCUCUUACGCCACCUCUAUCAGUGAAUCCGGGUAGUGUUUCAACGCCUCCAAUCGCUUAUUCGGUGCCGCCCUCGGUCACCGCUCCGCCGUCUACUAUGAUUUCGAAAAAGGGUAUGGAGGAGGCGGCUAGAUAUUUGGCCCGAUCCUUUUCCCUUGCGGAACAGGACGGGGAGUCGAUGUCGUCAGCUAGGAGAUCGAAACGACGCCGGUCGAGGUCGGUUCCCGAACUGCGCCACAAGGUCAUAUCCAAGGUUGCUGACCCUGAUUACUAUAGUUCAUCGGACGAAGAUGACUACGUUAUCGAUGUCACCAAAAGCAAAGCAAAAUCCCAUGAAAAUUGCCGGCACUAUCUCGACCUCGCCGCUGGAUCUGCACGAGAAGCUCUUGGAUUAGCCAACAUUUGGAGAUUUCCCUAUUUUUGUUUCAUCAAGGGUGGUGGUCCAUUCCUGAUGGCCUAUUUGAUCCUCUUGAUAGUGGCUGGAGUGCCAAUGAUCUGCAUAGAGAUGGCUGCGGGCAGGGCUACUCACUCAGGCCCUAUUCAAGCGAUCGGCAAACUUGCGCCACUUGUGAAAGGUGUUGGAUUUGCGGGCAUCAUCAUUUCAUACUUUUUGUCGACAAUAUACGCGAUCGUUUUCGCUUGGUCCCUGUUCUACUUCUUCAAUUCAUUCCAUGCGCGGCCGCGGUGGGCUCGUUGCACUAAUCCUUGGAACACGGCCAACUGUACUCAAGAUCCUGAACAGUGGUACAAAAUCCGCCUUGCAGCGAUGACCACCCCCUCCAGCAUCAAUGGAACCGAUAUUGGAAACGAAACUGGUGGCGUGACAGAUUCCAAUGAUGCCCUCUAUAAGGGGCUCUCAGAACAGCUUGCCGAACGAACUUCAACUGCACAGGAAUUCUUCGACAUCAAAGUUAUCGAGCUCUCCGACAAUCCCAACACACCCGGCGUAAUCCGAUGGGAGCUUUUCGCAUCUGUAGCAAUUUGCCUCCUUUUGGCAUACAUCUCGCUACGGAAGAAGAGCUUCUUCAGCGAAAAAAUCAAAUAUGUUCUAUCUAUUAUCCCGUUCUUCAUCUUUGCCGCAUUCCUCAUUCGGGUGUUGUUGCUCGAGGGCGCCUAUGACGGCAUACAAUAUUUUUUUACACCGAAUUUACCGGCGAUGAAGAACGCGAAGCUAUGGGUUUUUGCUCUAGCUCAAACGAUCCAUUCGCUUGGACUUACUCUCGGUCCCAACUAUGUUGUGAGUUCACGCAACAAGAAACAGAUUUCGCUGAUGCGUGACACCACACUGACGGUGCUCAUUAAUGUUCUCGUUGUGUUUGUGGUUGGGUCCGUGACUUUUGGCGCAGUCGGGCAUCUCUGUGUUAUCUGGCGACAAGAACUAUCCAGCUCCUUUUUCCAUAAGGAUCCUGGUCUUGUGUUUGUCAUGUACACGGAGGUGAUCAAGCUGAUGCCAGUGCCUCCAGUGUGGGCCGUGCUAUUUUGGUUCUUAUUCAUCUGUCUUGCCAUGGAUUCUAUCAACACUAUCACUUCAACAGUAGUCCAUGCACUCGAAGAAAGCUAUGGCACCCUGAUUAAACAGCGUUUUCAGGGUCGAGGAUUUUUCCUGCUAUUUAUCUGCUUUGGCUGUCUCGUCAUGGCUAUUCCCUACGUGACGGAUGCUGGCCUCCACUAUCUGAUGACCGUCGAUUAUUACAUUAGCACACUUUGUAUUAUCGUCGUAUGCUUCGCGGAGCUGUGCGCCCUUGCCUGGCUUUACGGUGGUCAGAAUCUUCUGUACAAUACCGAUGAGGUAUUGCACCCGAUCCCCUACGUGUAUCUUCGCAUGUGUUGGGCAACGGUCAGUCCAUUGGUGUUCAUGGCGGUAACGGUUUGCGGCGGAAUGACUCUGCCGAGGCCGCUGAUGCGAGACGGCAAACCGUUUCCCCUCGGUGCAGAUGUUGUUGGAUGGAGCCUUUUUGGAUUUGUACUGCUUAUCGUGCCAGCACUAGCGAUCAGAGCCAUCGCACGAGCAGACGCCAGCGGGCCCAUCGGGAAAAUCAAAGCGGCUCUGCAGCCACAGGUCGUUGAAGUCAAUGAUGAUCUGGUGUAUCACGGGUGGCCAUAUUGGGAUCCGAAACCGCGACACGUAUUCAAGAACGGUGCAUCCGUCUAUAAUGGAGCACGUAUAUAAUACAUAGGCCUUUCUUCUGUGUUCUGUUGCAAACAAUAGAUCAUAUAGUAUUUAAUGUUCGCUUGGUAACAUCUCCCGUUAAAUGUUUCUGAUGGAACCUGUUUUAUUUAGAUGGCUGGCAUGCGAAGGUAACACAUGAAACUAUUACGUCUGUUAUACUUCGCUUUAAGGCUCAGGCGUUGUUUUCUAGGCGCUAGACGUUAUUGUAACGCUAUCCAAGAACUCUUAUCCGAGUUUUACAUUUUAUGAAACCAGAAGCGCCAAAGCCGCUGUAUGCUGCCUUUAGGACAGCAGCGUUCGUUGAUGUACCUGAGUUGCUUCGGAAUCGAUAGAAACCUCAUAGUGACAAAGUAUAUUUAUUAAUUAAACUCGUACUUUUGUCGAAAAAUACACCAACCACUACAUGACUUUAUUGGUAUCUUUUACGCUGCUUCGCAUCAUCUGACAUAUCGUAUUUAAGCGACAAUUGCGCAAAGGGAUCAAUCAUUGGUUUCGUUUAACACGAUCACUUAUCAAAUGUUUACACUUUUUCGUCCACUUUACCUGUACCAGUGUCGUCUGCUACCAUUGAGUGAAGUCGGCACUUCAACGCCUGUUCCUAUUUAGAAAAUGGUUAUUCUCAUAGACGCAUCGUUGUUCACUGUACGUCAUAUGGCAAUGCUGUCCGUGUUUGACUUAUUUUACAUCAACCAGUGGUCGCCCCCCUCGAGCUACACACAUUGCUUAAGCAUCGGUUAGAAGCCGAUUCAGAUGUUGCGCCAGAGUCCAACCUAAUACUGAGCAAUACUAGAUUCACGUUCAUUUAAGAAGAAUACUUCUCUCGCUUAUUUUGAUGUGGCACGCCACUGACACAGCACGUUUAACUGCAGGGCCCGCAUUCAAUCAACAUAGAUGCUGAACAAUACAGCCACUCAUUAUUGGAGAAACAAAGUCCAUGUUUGAGACGCCGUUUAAGCCUAAAAUAUUUAACCGAUCGACACCUAUCGCAUUCGUGUAUGCAUACGUUGAUCAAUAAACCGUUGAGCUAUUGGAAAGCUUAAUUUGCGAUAGGCGUUGUCAUCCUGCUUAAUAAAGUAAGAUUGACGAUUUUGUUCGUGGGUUCGUGCUCAAACUUUAAUUGCCAAAAUAGGUAUGCAUUUUGAUUCAUCAUAACAGUCGACAAAAUUCCAUGCCAAUGUUAUCGUUCUGACCUCUUUCCUGCUUAGAUGACGGGCCAGUCUGGGGCUAUUAGUGGUCCUCGUGAUUCCCAGUUGCUCCAUUGGUGAUGUAGCCUAAUAUCUUCAUUCGCUUGCCUUCUUAUUGUGUUACUACGAGUAAGCUGCCUCUGAGAUAUAUUGCACACAAAAAAUUCCAGCGGAAUUUAAUUUCGAGCUGGUAGUAGGCCAAAAGUAUGGAGAAUGCAGAGUCGAAACGGCUUAAGGGACCAAAAGAUAAAAACGGAGCCCCAAAAAGGGCUAACCGUAGGAACCUAUCUAAACGAUCUAGUUGGAUCUCUUUCCCAAAGCGGGCGUCAAAUGCUUGCGAGUAAAAAAAUUUAGCGUAUCAAAAAUUGCUUUUAGAUCCAUUUUAGAGUUAGUGAUUUAUUAUUAAUUAGAAAUCCUUUAGGAUCCUAACGUUAUCAAAAAAUCCUUCGGUCGGUUUGUCUCGGGAGUAUUUUCCAGAAUUUUCAAAAGCCGUAUCAAAACCGGCAAUAAAGAGAUUUCAGGCCAACCUAGUUUACUAUCUCGUCGACGUUACGUCCCACCUUACUGAUAUUUAGUCGGUUGACACUGAUCCAGGUUACGACAAUGAGAGAUGUUGUGUCAAUAACCGGCCUUCUUUCUAGCAUUAAAUAUAGAAAAUA